AUGACGCUUGUGGAGGGCAAACCAGGAGACUCAUGGGUUCUUUCACCGACGAACAAUCAUGCGCAUUUUGAUUGUUUCAGUGGUGCUGCAGGGGACAUGAUGUUAGCUGCCUGUCUCGACGCUGCCGGCGAAGUCAUAGCCACUCAUACGAUCACGAUCAUUCACACAGUCAUCCAUCAACAGCAGCACAAGUUGCAAGUGAAGAACGCUCCACCACCACAAUUCAUGAUCAUGAUCAUGACCAUUCUCACUCUCAUCAUCAGUCGGAACAGCAAUCAGCGGAUCCUCAGGCAGUGGGACAUUCCCACACACACAGUCACGAAUCCAGCACCAUAG